AUGGAAAAUCUGCAUACUUAUUUAGUAGCCGAGCUCUCGCGUGUGAAGCGCGCGAGCGGAGCACCAUGGGUUAGAAAAUGUGGUAAACUACCCAUCCGAGAAAAUUUGGUAAUCACGUGACCGUACACCGUCCGCCCGACAGUCCGUCCGCACCACAGGCAUACCAAUGUAAAAUAACUCAAUCAACAGGCAUGGUAACCCAAAUGCAACUCGAGGUUAUUUUGACGGGAAAUCUCGUAGCCACCGGCGUCUUGUAAAGCAGAGACAACUGAAGAGUUAAUGAGGAAAAUGGAAAACGGUAAUUGUCUCUGUAUUCAUGUUUUCUAAAUUAUUAAGCUUAGAUUAACUGUCAUGUCCACAAAUUUGGAAUAUAGAGCAAGAGAAACACAGAAAAAAAGAGAAAGUAGGCAGCAGGCCAGCGAAGCUCAACGAGAAAAAGGGCGACAGAGAUUAAGAGCGAGAGAGAAAAAACAAAGGAGACAUUUUUUUGUUGGAAGAACAACAUGAAAAUUUUGUAACGGCGGUGACAAAAUGAGAAAUGCUAGCGGCCACCAAUACAAGAUGAAAAUGAGCGGCAGUAAAAAAAAGUGAACGAGAAAGCGAACAACAUUUCCUCCAUAAGACGUGUAACUGAGAAGUUUCUGGAAGUUUCACGUUGUAGUCGUGCAAAACAGCGGCAAAGAAAUGUACAAAAAAGUGUGCUAUACGAGCAAAGUUGCUAUUUUGCUAAUUAGACCGACCUUUUGUUGUUUUUCACCGUUCUUCGGCGUUGCCUUCACUGCUUAGCAUUACACAAUUUUAAUUUUGUUUCAACAAACCAUAUUAUCGAGAGCUUCGCUUUUAGCCCUGGCUAAAUCUAUUUAUUAUCUAUCUAAAAAUGACUGAGAGAAAAGACUGAAGCACUAGCCACAUGAAUUUUGAAGUCCUUUUGCCCAAGUGUAUUUACAUUUUUUUCAUGGAUUUUAGAAAAUAAGAACCCUUUUUCAAAUUUUACGCUAAACAGGUUCACGUAUAGAGGGGGCCUAACUGACAAAUUUUAGGCUAACAGGUUCUUAACGUCGCGGGUUUCUACUGCAUAUCUACAGCGCUCUUGCCAUAAGGAAAAAAAGAAGAAAAAGAAAAGGGAGAAAGAAAACGUUUGUAUUGUUUUGAAUCAUCAUACCUAGAACUUCAUAGAUUGCAUUAUGUCAUUAAAAAAUAGGAAGUUUUAAAUUAAAAUAGGUGUCAGCAUAUCAAAGGAAUCGCAAGAAACUAAUUGAAAACACCUGUGCAACAUAAGACACAUUGGAACAUCUAUCAGGAAUUAUAUUAAAUUAUGUAAGUAAGAGGAAGUUUUAAAAUCAAGAAUUAUCACCGUGGCAGUGGAGAUUAUAAUUGAUUGUCUUUUCCUACGGCAUCGCUGAUGUCUACGAAAAGCAGAAUAGCAAUUUGUGUUAUUGGAAGCUCCAAUUUUUAUCCCCUGGGCCGAGUUGUUCACAGUUGGGUUAAGAUAACCCAGGGUUAGUGCGAGAUUUGAAUUCAGAUAUGAAAGCCUAAAAAUCAUUUCAGUUUUAAUUCUUUUUGUCUACAAGUUGAUUAUUGAAAACUUUAAAGAUAACAAGAAAAUUAUCCGAGAAAAUGCUUUUAAACACUAGAAAAAGAAACCUGGGUUAAAUUUAACCUCGGGUUUAGCGCUAAUCGGUCUUCGAACAACUGGGCCCUGGAUUCAAGCCAACACUACGCACCACCCAAAGGCCUUAAAAAUACAGUCAAACCCUACCCUGUUUUUUGCAGACACCCACUUAAUAAGGACACCUCAUUAUUACGGACAGUUUGCUUUGUCCCUGGAGAAAGAAAGCCCUUAAAUGUUCUCUGAAUUGAACCCGCUUAGGGACACUUUCUAUGGUCCCCUUAGUGUCCGUAUUAACGGGGUUCGACUGUAUGAUAUUUUCGACGUUUUUUUCUAUAAUUAGAAAGUGACCUUGUGCUACCGUAUUGGUACUUAAUUUAGCGGGUCUUUUCGCGUUUUUCGCCAUUGUCAAAAAUUAGCGAAAUUGAAGACCCGCCAAUAAAAAUCCUCGCGAAAUACAAACACGUGAAAUUAAAUACCCAUCCAGGAGUAACUUAAUUGAUCUUACCGAUAAGUUCCAUUUUGUACCUUCCGUUGUAAAAUAACGUUAAUUUGCAAAGACUUCACAUGGAGUAGAGAAUCUAGCUAUUAUCUUCAUCUGAAUCGCUAGAUUCGUGCAAAAAAUAAAAUAAAUAAAUUUGCGUUUUGCUUCUUUCAGUUUAUCUAGAAAUUUUUAAAAGUUCAGGCUUUUUGAAAAACAAAAUGAAGUUAAAAAUGCAUGAAUCGAGAAAUUUAAUGCCCUUUUUUUCAUAUUGUCCCAUUUAAAUCGCAAAAAUAAGACCCCGCGAAAUAAUACUGUCUGUCAAAAUGGCAAAAUUAAGUAUGCACGGAAUUCAGUGGCAAUGAGAUAUAGAUAACCAAAGAAUAUAACUUGAUGGUCGUAAGCAAUAUAAGUAGAAAGGAGGUGUUUCACGGUUUGUUUCUCGCACCCUAGGCUACAUCACGCUGGACCUAGCCCUAUGACUUUCCAGGCUUAACUGAGACAGAUGAAAUACAGCUGAAUAUUAUAUAUUUUCAAAACUCUUUCAUGAAAGUCGAGGUUCUCCUAACAAUGGAAUGUCGUUGCUAACUAAUUCAGUAACUUGAGGAGAAUAGGUGUUGAAAAUUGGGAGGGGAAGUCGUUGGACCUAUUAACCCGAUGCUUCUAAAAUACCAGGCUUUUGAAGUCUAAUUCUCGAACCUUUUCUUGUUCAGUGAAGGUAUCUUAAUAACAACUUUGCAUUUGUAGACUUCGUUUUUCACGCGCUCAAUUCUAGUUUUCUCAGUCUUUUCUAUCUGAUCCGCUGCUUUUGCAAAGGGCCACUUUUUCUCGCCAAAAAAAGAAGUAUGGCGGAGAGUUAAAUAGAGAACGUACAAUUCAUAAUUUGCAUGUUGGGAAAAGGAAAAGCAUACAGCACACAAAGGCCAAGAAGAGUCUCAUCAUGUCAACUAAUAACUAACGCUGAAUCCGGUACAUUGGCUUAUCUCCUUGGCUUCCAAAACUGAGAAACGAUGAGGUAGCUGUAUAAAGCUUAUUAUUUCCUAUUUAGAGGAAUUUGUUGUUGUUUCCGAAACUUGAGGGGAAAUUUAGAUGUCUAAGGCUGGUAUAGGAAAUCGCUCAACCUUUCAACCCGAUGCCUCUAAAAUAGCCGGUGAUUGAAGUUUAAUCUUGUUAACUUUUUUCAAGAGAGCAAAAUUUUCUAAGGCAUAAGUUUUUGCAGCUGUAAGAUCAGUUCGUGGUUGUAAUAUUACUGGUAAACUAUCCAUAAACAGGAACAGCAACAGCAACCGGAACAGCGGGAACUUUGCUAGCAUCGUGUUUAAAUUCUUUAGCACUUAUUCCAUGGGCGGAUCCAGGAUUUUUUUUAGGAGGGGGUGCACUCGUCUCUUGCUCUACUUCAACACCAAUAAACCACUUUUUUUGCAGAAAACCAGUUGUAUUAGAAAACCGCAGGUCAUCACGGGGGGUGCGCACCCCCUGCACCCUCCCCCUAGAUCCGCCCCUGUAUUCCUGUUCAUCUUACUUAGUAGUCAGUCUUCACUCUCUCUCGUGCCAGUUAAGUGAGAGAUAUUCAGCGGGUAGCACAAUACCUCCAAUAUUUGAAAAACGCCGGAGGGGAACCGAUUUCUAAAUGCGAGUUUCUGGAUUACCGUGACUGAAAACAAAUUACGUAUAUCCACUUUUCAUCGAAGAUGAAUUUUUGGACCUUGCUGGGUUUUUUUUUGCAGUGAAAAAUUACAAAUCAUUUUGAAGCUCAAUGAAAUAGAACAGUGAUCAUGCAGAAGUGCUGCCAUUAAAUAGUUUCUAAAUUUAAAAGGAAUUCCAUCAAAUCAUUUUGCUCUGUAAAUGUUAGAUUAACUCUUCACCUAUUGGAGAUCAAUCGACCAAAUUCCCUUCGAGUCUUAACUUCUUUCUGCUUUGUGUGAAAUAUUCCAUUAGAUAAAUAUUCUUCGGUUCCUUUUAUUCCAAAAUAGUCAUGUUUAGAUAGCCAACUCUAUACGCCAUUAUAGGUGUAGCCGCAGCUUAAUCCAAGCAUUCUCAUUCUACUUGUGCUUAGAAGUCUAAAACCUCUAAAAAAGAUACGAGUGGUGGUUCUUAUUUAUCCUGGGUGAAUUUUUUUUUGUAUUGUUUCAUAUCAUAUAUAUUUGACAUCAGUCAGUUUUUCAUGACUUCUCACAUUUUUGUGGCAACGGAUUUCGCUGCCUUGAUCACCUCAAACUCUAAUUUAAACAUUCAGUAAUUUGAAAUCAUUUACCUUCGCUACAUUUGCAUCCUGCUAGCAGAGUCUCCUUUUGUGUACACCAAAAUCGAGUAAGCGAACGAAAAGCUAUGCUAGCAGGAUGCUACAUUUUGUGAGACUUUAACCCUUUAAGUCCCAGUGGUGACCAACAUCAAUUUUCUCCUAACCAUAUCCAUAGAUUGUCCAGAGAUUAGGUUAUAAGAAUUAAUAAAUUGAUGACCUGAGAGAAAAUGCUUUGAUCUUUUAUCAAAUUCUCUCAACUCAUUCUUUAAGGAAAUGUAUAGAGAUCAGUUUGGAGAAUUUGUAUGUGGACAUUGCGGCUUACAGGGUUAAUGAACUUUGGUUUUUUCUUUUCACACAUUUCUAGGUUACCAUUGUCCUAGCGGCUGGAUGAAGUUUAAAAGCUACUGUUACUUUGUGAGCAACUCUAUCAAGUCUUGGCACCAGGCCCAAGCAUACUGCAAAGGACUGGGAGGAGAACUGGUGAAAAUAAACAGCGAAGAAGAAAACGGGUUUGUGUUGAAGCUGGUUCACAAACGUGCACCCUCUGUGAAGCAGGUUUGGAUCGGACUCAGGUGGAACGCGUGCUUGCGAGGCUUCAUCUGGUCCGAUCUCUCCAUUCCUAAAUACACGAGCUGGGCUCCUCUUGAACCGAAUGGAAAAGCGCGGGAACCGCGUGGAAACAUGUGGACUGGGCGCACUACUAACCUACCUUUUCAUGCUCCUGGUUAUUGGAAUGAAUGUAAUUGCCAAACGUUAGUCCACACUCCCUGUGGCCUGGUGUGCAAAAGCCUUGCCGAACCAGACUGUGAUGGCAAACUCAACCCCGGCACCAGCGAACGUUGUUGUUAUAUAAGAAUGUGAUUCUGAGUUCGUUACUGCAAGUUUCGUAAAUGCUUCACUUUCAAGAGAAACAAAAGAAGACGUUAGCAUUUCCCUGCAUUUUUUCGGUUCCAAUAUUUGUUGCUUUGAUGCCGAUGUUUUACGUAAACCUUCUUUUGUUCUUUCUGUCAUGGUAUAUUUCAUAGGUUUCCUUUUCAGUAAGUUGAGCAAUUUAAUUCUUUAUAUGAGAUCUGCGGUAAACGAUGUAAUAACGUAAACCUCUUGUAAACCAUGUUUAUGAUGCCUGACUAUGAUAUUAGGGAGCUUACACUAAAAGGACGGCAACGGGAAAGAAAAAAGUCACUAACAAAAUAAAUUGUUGUUAUGCUUACGCAAGCGAGACUAACUGGAAGAGUUGGAAUAAGAGCGAUUAAAUUUCAAGACAGUACCAAUUCUUUUUUUUGGAUGAAGUUUUCGUUGCCGUUGCCGUCGUCGUUGCUUAAGGUCCCUUAUGGUUGUCCUUUUUAUACGGCAUCAUUGAUAUCUACGAAAAGCAGAAUAUAUCAAUUUUUGUUUUGCAUUAAUGUCCGUUCACAUUUAUUGCUCUCUGUCCUUAGGUAAUGCAAACCAAGCCAGUCAUGUUUCAGCUCUUGUUCCUUUUUUGUUCUCUCAAGUGUUUAUUGGAUAUUCCACGCGGUCAUUGCAUAUUUACUUUCCACCAUUGGGGCUUGGGUUGGAACUCCGGUCCGACUUAAGUCAUUUGUUUGAUAGCAUACGUCGGAGACGUAAUCUACCCCUGGUUAGUAACGUCUGCGAACCAGAGCCCAUUGACUUGUUCUAGGCGCCUAAUGAACUCAACGAACUACCGGAAGUGUGUUUCGAAUUUUCUUUCAACUUGAUUGGCAGAUUGAGUAUGGCUCUCGUUUUAACUGGGCAAUCAUGGCGCGUACUCAAAUCCUGGUACACAGGUGGGGCCCACAGUAGGGAUUUCGGCGCUCUCUCAGAUACCAACUUAACCAGAAGUCUAUUUCCAUCUGUUGCGCAGGCUAGUCGUUUCAUCAAUUUUGAUGUUGGUUCUCUUCCUUUAAUCGACAGUUUAAUUCCUUCUGGCUGCAGACUGGAGUACAUUUUAUAGAGACUGAACGGGUUGGUAAAAGCAAAAUGUUUCGCUUCAACUCAGCUGUUCAGUAGUAUUGCACCUUUUCACUGCCUCUCAUUAAAUUCACCCCCUAUAUGUCGCAGUUCUUCUUUUUACGGGCUAGGUUCCAUUGUUAACUUGUGUUUGUUCAUUGUUUUCCCAACCAACUGACCGUUUUUCAGUUGUGGACUUAGUACCCUAGCCUCUGAGAGAAUGUGGGGCUGAGGUUGACCUUGUUUUGAUACAAACCUCCUUUGCUUUGUUAUGGAAAUUGUCCUUGAAAAUACUAGUUAGAACUGAAGAAUAACUUGAUUUACAUAAUAAGCAGGAAGGUUUGUAUCAAAACAAGGUCACCAUCAGCCUCACUCCCAUCCAUAACUGUAAAAUGGCUCAUUUCGUAAGCUAUUAAGCCAUUGUUAAGGCUGAAACCUCUUCGGUGUUCCCAUUUGCGUGGAGAAAAAUUGAUAAAAACCUAUUGGAUCUGGUUACUUGUAACCCUGGUAACCAGAACACUAUGGUCAUAUGCAAAAGCGUUGUCACUUUAAUACUGGAAACCGAGGAGGAGAAACGAGGAGACCCAACUAUUUUACAGGCUCCUUGUGCAGUUGCAUCCUAACGUGAAGCAACUUCCACUUCUUUCGGCUACAACGUCAUUAAACGGAUGCGCUUUUGAUUACUAAGAAAUCUCUCUAGAGAUUGAGGCAAAGUUGAUACCAUAUAAACCGUCGUGGUAAUCAAGAACAUAAUCAGGUCGUUUAGCUCGUAAAGGCCAGUAUACUUUAGGGAUGCGGUAUUUCUCGCUGGCUCGACAUUCGUUCAUUAUGCCGAGGAAGGUAUUGCAUAAACAUUUUCCAGAAAAUCCUCGAGUCUCAUUACAACGUUUGUAGUGUAAAAUGAUUUCUUUGCUCCACAGUUACUCCAGUUAUUUACCUCACCUAUUCGAUUUUCCUCCUUUCUAGUCUCCUGCUAAAGUGUAAGCAAUACUCGACAGUGAGAGCAUGGGUACUGAUUUGUUUCGACCUGAUGUCAAUGACCCAGAGCUGAGUUGAAUAAUGCUGACAGCACGACAGCCUGCGAACUAGCUCUGUUGGAAACUGAACACUAUCAUCCAGCGGUGAGGAUCGCGGUUCAUCACGUGGCCGAGGGAGCGCCUAGCAAAGGACAGUUGGCUACUAUGACGAGAAUGUAAGGUAACUUAAUCAUUUGUGUUGAACGAUGAAACGAACAAACUGUAUGUAAGCCAUGUAGUUCGAAAGGUAGACAUCGCUAUCCACCGGAUAAAUCACUAUCCAGUGCAUAACGCAAUUACUUUUCCUAUUACCUAUCCACUGGGUAGUGAUUUUAUCUGGUAGUUAGCGUUAUCCAACGUUUCAUAACGGGGGGCGUGUAGUCUAGUGAUAAUGGAACCAACAUCAAAACGUUAACCUACGUUGAUCUCAAGGCCCGGUUCAAAUGUCGCAUUUCACCUGUGCCCAAUUCAAUGCUAUUGUUAUCGCUAAAUUGUAAUAGAUUUGGCACAUGUGAAAUACGACGUUUUAAACCGAGCCUCAGUAAUAAACUCUUCCACGUCACAAUAACAUAGCCAUAGAGAAAUACUAAAAGGAAAAAUGAAAAAUGUGGAAAGCCACUAGAUAGGAAUUAAUCAGGCUUACUAGUGAACCAGUCUAGUAUGCAUUCAUUUACAAUAUAGGCAUACAGCCGUUGCAUUUGCAUUUUUUUCGCCUUUAAGACGCUUGUGCUGGAAAGGAAUGCACCCUAUAGUGGUGUAUUAGAAAGCCUGAUUAAUUCCUAUUUAGCUAUUUCCCUUAUUUAUUUUUCCUUUUAGCAUUGUUUGAAGGGGUUAUGUCACACUAUUUAUUAGUUUCUUUUUACAAAGCUAAAACGUUUUUCACAUCAAUUAAAUUCCAAAAAUAAUGGUCAAAUUUAUUAUUAAAAAAGCUGUUUCCUGUCGUCAAGAACGGACAUGCAUUGAAACUUGAAAAAGUUGGAUCAACUUUUCAAGUUUAAAUGCUAUGCCUGGAAUAAUUACUACAAAAUUUGCCAUAAUUAGUGCUUCGUGGUGAACAUUGUUUGCUAUCUUCUUCAUAACCCGGGGGCACCCAACGACGGUUUCCUCUUAAAUACAUUGAAAACACUUUUUAGGCUAUCCAGAGUAAUUUUAGUUCUCUAGAAAUGCAUUCUAAUGAAUGACUUAAGCACAGAAUUGACCUAAAACAGCAAUAUCCUCGUGACAUAUUCCCACUAUUGCAAUUGGUUGUAUAUUCUGUAAUGCACAGGUCGCCUUUGGAAUUCUGGGAACAGUAUGACUCGUCCAACAUGAAACUUAAUCCUGCCAUUGUUGAAAAUUCACAAAACAGAAAAGAAGUGACUUUCAGAGAAUAAAAAAACAUUAAAGAAGGGGACUGGAAAAGCUCUGAUAUAGAUUUGAGUAUAAAAGCAGCUCUGGACUUUACUGAAGCCAGCAGUGUUGAAUUGGUGUUUUCUUUGCCAGUGAAUGUAGCAGAGAGAUAGUAUUGUACUUGUGUAAGUAGUUCAGUGAACACCACAUGAAUGGGUUGCAGUUUUAGCUAAAGUUAAAAAGCAGGAGUUGCUCUCUUACGCUUCUUUCUUGCUUAGCACCUCGCAAGUGCAUCUAUAACUUCACUGUUGUACAGCUGCAACGUUUACCAUCUAUGCUCUAACGUUAAAGGCCCUCAGUUUUUAAGACGAAGGCGACUGCAAGGCGGACGAAUAAAACUUUAUGCAGGCUAACUUAAACUGCAGUAAACAAACUUAACAGUAUACUUUGAAUAACAACUUCAUAACUGUUAGUAUUAUCCAAUAUCUUAAAUAAUUCUCAAACAAAGUUAUUGCGAGAAGUCCUACAAAAUAUCUAGUAAACUGUCACAAUGCAGGACUUACAACGUGCUUUAAAUUACCAGUAUGAAAUAAAGUGCAUGAUUGUUUUACAGUAUUAUGAUUGUCUUAUUGGACGCUUUAAUGUGUAGUGUCGUGGGAUGUUUUUAAGAGUCACGCUGUAUUUUGGCGAGCCCGUAGGGCGAGUCAAAAUACAAGAGACGAGUAAAAAUAUCCCACGAUACUACACACUAAACCGUCCAAUAAGAGAUUUGUUAUUCAACUCGAGGAGUAUAAAAUAGGCACGCUUGGCUACUUAUAACGAGAAUGCGUGACAGACAGACGUGAGUCGAGUUUUUGCGCGCUUUCAUCAAUGCUGUUGCUGAUUGGUCAGAAAUGAAAACUUGGCUAACUUGUUUACUCAGUAAAUCAAUUUUUUUCACGUUUUCGUCGGUGCUAUCUUUCCAACAUUCCAACAAGUGGGAUAAAUGAACAGAGCAAAUUGCGAUGGAAAGUAGAAAACUCUUCCACAAAAUCAAGGAGUUUCAAAGAGCUUCUCGUAAACAAAGGCCUCGAAACCUUAUGUUCGCCGGGUUAUAUUAGCAAAAAAAGAACGUCUAAAUUCUACCAUGUCGAGUUUCUUCACAUUUUUAAAGAACUAGAGGUGAAGACUGUUGGUGACCUUUUUCAUUUUUGUGGCAACUGAUUGUCGCUGUGUCGAUUUUCCCUGAAAAAAGAUUUAAACAACUGUUAAUUUGAAAUCGUUCAGUUACCUACAUUUUUUGAACCUUUAAUGAACUUUGAUUUUGCCUUUUCACACAUUUCUAGGUUAUCAUUGUCCUAGGGGCUGGAUGCAGUUUAAAAGCCUCUGUUACUUUGUGAGCAGCUCCAUCAAGACUUGGCACCAGGCCCAAGCGUACUGCAAAGGACUGGGAGGGGAACUGGUGAAGAUAAACAGCGACGAAGAAAACGAGUUUGUGUUGAAGCUGGUUCACAGACGCGCACUCUCAGUGAAGCAGGUUUGGAUCGGACUGAUCUGGAACGCGCGGGUGAGAAGUUUCAUCUGGUCUGAUCUCUCCAUUCCUGAAUGCAAGAGCUGGGCUUCUGGUGAACCGAGUCGGAAAGCGCGAGAACAGUGUAGCAACAUGUGGACUGGGAAAACCACUAACCUACCUUCUCAUGCUCCUGGUUAUUGGAAUGACCGUAUUUGUAUCUGGGUAUUUGCCUAA